GUUGUCAGGAAGUUUGGGGGAGGGGCGAGCCGCUGUCUCCUAUUCUCCCUGCUCCGGAGGCUGAGGAGGGACGGCAGCAGCGGCGGGUCUCGAGCUGUCAGGUUCCCGCCCACGGGCGGGCUCCGGGGCUCCCGAGGGGGCCCGCGGGGGCGCAGGCAGGGGUCUGGGGGCCGCGGGCAGAGUGCGCGGGCCGGCAUGGAGGGACUGGUCCUGCUCAACAAUCUGGCCACGCGGCUGCUGUUCGUGCUGCACUCUCUGGUUGGGGUCUGGCGAGUGACCGAGGUGAAGAAGGAGCCGCGGUACUGGCUGCUCGCGCUGCUCAACCUCUUGCUCUUUCUGGAGACUGGGCUCACCCUCAAGUUCAAGCGCGGCAGAGGCUACAAAUGGUUUUCACCAGCCAUAUUUUUAUAUCUGAUUAGCAUUGUUCCAUCAUUAUGGCUUCUUGAAAUGCAUGAUGAGACCCAGUAUUGCAGUAGCCAACCUGAAGGAACAUCACAAAAUUCCAGUAGCAAAGAAAACUUCAAUCAAACUCUGAUAUCAAGUGACCAAGACAAUGGAGCAGAUGAUCUCAUUAGGACGGCCCAAGUUUUUGUAAAUAACUUAUCUACAGUAUGUGAGAAAGUUUGGACUUUGGGACUCCAUCAGACAUUCUUGUUAAUGCUCAUAAUUGGAAGAUGGCUUCUACCCAUUGGAGGAGGGAUCACUCGGGACCAACUCUCUCAACUUCUCCUUAUGUUUGUGGGGACAGCUGCUGACAUACUGGAAUUCACAAGUGAGACACUGGAAGAACAAAAUGUGAGGAAUAGUCCUGCCCUGGUCUAUGCCAUCCUUGUCAUAUGGACCUGGAGCAUGUUACAGUUUCCACUCGACCUGGCAGUACAGCAUGUGGUCUGCCCCUUGUCCAUGGCAAUGAGGGGGUUCCCCAGCUUCUUCUUUUGCCAAUACAGCGCCGAUCUUUGGAACAUUGGGAUCAGCAUCUUCAUACAAGACGGCCCCUUCCUCAUCGUGCGUCUCAUACUGAUGACCUACUUCAAAGUCAUAAACCAGAUGCUGGUGUUCUUUGCCGCCAAGAAUUUCCUUGUGGUGGUGUUACAGCUCUACCGCCUGGUGGUGCUGGCGAUGGAUGUCCGCACUUCCUUGCUGCAUCAGCCCGGCCGCCUGAAAGCAAAACAUCACUGCCCGUGUGAACCCACUGCGAGUGGGAUCUCAUCUGGAGACCCGGAGAGCGGCUCUAAGGGCGACUUGGGGGUCCCCUUGCAGACUUCACCAGUCACCCCUGAGGACUCGCAGUCCACCCCAUAGCUCCUUACUGACAGAAAGCAGCCACUAGAACGUUUGACUUCCUGGUCCUUCUUAUGGACAGAAUCUCCACUCUCUCCCUCUUUUUUAACUUUGGCAUAUAAUAAUUUUCAAAAGAACAACAUAAAAAGUGAUCUUAAACCAAAGCUGAGGAAUUUUCUUUUUUCAACUGAAUGGAAAGAACUUUGAUUAGUGGCUAUCGCUACAACUUCUGUGUGAUGGUAUCAGAUGUUACAGUUGUUCAACGACUAAGUGAUUUGUUUGUCUUGAACUGUUUGAAAAGCUAUGGACAGGGUUACAGUGACAUGCCCUCAAAAGAUUUAGUGCAGACAAACUGUCACGGCUGUUACCUGAAAAUAGAGAAGCUUUGAACUUUGGCUCCAUUGUCAGACUAUCUCAUCUGAUCUUUCCUGCAAUGUCCCUGACAUCAAAAAAUGUACAUUCAGUGAAUGCAGAACAAAUGAAGGGAAAAGUGCUUUUAAAAUUACCUCACUGUGAGCUGGAAGCAGUGAAAAUCUCUGCCCAGCUUCCAUAGCAUUGAGAGCCCUCUCCAUUGCUGCACAGACCUUCCCAGGAAAAUCAUUUUUCUGGGCUGAUGUGGUAUUCUGUCAUGGUGCAUAUGCUCUUACAGAAAUUUUAUUGCUUUUGGCUUGGGCGCUGCAAAAUUCACAGCAAGCCAUUUCGGUUGUGAGGCAGGAAAUACUGGUAAUGCUAGCAAAGUCACAAUUUCCACUCUGAAACAUGAUUUGCGGUAUUCAUCAGUAUUUUUCUUAACUCUACUUUGCCAUUUUCUGUAUUGCCAAGUCGAAUUACGUGGGUUGAUGCAAGGAAGCACUGAAACAGGGAGUAAAGGUGUUUCAGGCCCUUUAAGAGUUACCAUAGUUUCUGGAGUCAGCCAGAGGUAGAUGGAACCCCUCCCGACUGCGGCUAUGGGAACCGGAGUCGGCCUUUGGUCUCUGGUAAGGUGUCGGGGAUAGAGGCUUGCAUCAGCCGGACACGCAGCCAGCAGCCCUUGACUGGUGACCGGGUUCAGAGUACGCCACGCCAUGGCAUUGUGGAAAUCAGGAAAUUCGCUUUUCUUCCCCGCAUUAAGACUUCACCUCCCCAGUGUUGAAAUAGACAUUCUUUCCCCUUACACACCUCUGUACUUUCCAGAUGGAGGUCAUUCAGAACAUUUUUAAAUGAUUUUUGCUUUUAAAGAUCCAGUGUGAAAAUUUACCUGACUGUAUAGCAAUGAUUACAUUCGAGGCAAGCAGUUACGAAACUGCUCUUUUAGGGUUCAAAGCAGAAUUCCUCCUUGUUAUUAUGCUGAGGAAUUCAAAGGGACAUGAAAGAUAAGACUGGAGUAUGACCUUAAAUUGGGUGUGACUGUUUGACAACCACUGGGGACAAUUUUAUCUAUAAAUCUGUGUGACAGGAUAUCUGUUCAAAAUAUUUGAUUCAAAUGUUUCAUUGGCAAAUUCUAUUUUUAUACAGAGAAAUUAAUAUUUUCCACUCCUUGGCUUUUUCAGUGCCUGAUAGCAUGUUUUUAUUUCAUCCUUUUCUUCCUUGUGUUUCUAAUUUUAACAGUAUGAUGAUUGUAAAAUUACACAUGAGACGAGUGGAAUACAUUUAUAAUUUUCAUAAUAAUUUUAUGAACGUUAAGAUCAGGAAAUUAUAUUUAUAUAAAGAAAAGAACUUGACAACUUUUAAGGGCAUGUUAUUUAAAAUGCUUAGCAAUUGGAAGCAAAAUAAUAAGUGCUACUAUUUAUAAAAACGCCUCGGCAGAAUCUGUUUUUCUGUUGACUAUUUUAUGUUGAAUGUUUUCUUCUACAACAUGUAUGUGCUGCUUAUUAUUGCAGAUUUGCUCAUGGCAUACUUUUCAUGUUUUAAUUUUUUUCUUCCAGCAAAACAAACAUUGAGCAUCUAAAAAUAGAUAAACUAUAAAGUAGUACGGCUGUUGCAAGGAUAUUUUUAAACGUUUUCAAAUCUGAGACUUGGCUUGGCUUCGUGAAUGAGUUCCUAGUGUUUCAGUAAAGUAUUUUGUAAUUAGCACUCCUCCAAAGGCCUUGGAAAUGGGAAGUCCAGAGUCUGGCUUUACUUAGUGUUCCAGGAAGGCAGAGGGCAUGGAGGACCAUCUCGGCAAUAAAUGGUGGCAGAAUAGACACAUGCUCCCACAGGUUUUCCAGGAAAAUCUGUGAAGGGCGACAUGCGUUAACCUAACCACGGGUACCCCUACUCUCAUGGACUAUUUUUAUAGUCAUUUAGGUCAUUUAAAAACAAAACUUAAAUCCAACCUAAAUCUGAGACCCCUGAUGAAAAGAGUUAACCUUGUAUUCAGUAAUUGUCUGUUUUUAUUCUAGAUUGCUAAACGUUGUAGUGUUUGAAAACAGUCCAGCAUUUUUUAUAAAGUGAUUAGAACAGCAGUUGCCAUGCGUAUAUUGACAACCCGGGACCUGCUUCCAUGGUAUGUGUAAGCAGAUAACUAUUCAGAUCAUCUGUACGAUGUGUUGCAAGCCAUACCUCUCUACGAUCCCUCACAGACCCACAACACACCAAAUCCCCAGCCAAUGAGGAGAGUGGCUCGUUUGUGGUAGUGUCGUUAUUGUUGUGGUUGUUGUUACCUAAUUCCUUGAUGGAAACUCAAUCAGACGAGAUCGGGCGUGUUCAGGGUGGUAUGGCCGUAGACUGGAAACUCAAUCAAAUGUCUUUCCUAAAAACAUAUCAUUCUACUCACGAGGAAACACAGGGUACAUGUUUUAAUGAUGUUGCAUGGAAAUGUAACCAUGGCAUGGGUUUUCUUUUGACCCUGACUAGAUGAGUCCCAAAGAUGAUUUCCCAUUGCAAGAUCCUUAAACUGUCUUUAUCUUUCAUUAUUCUGUGAAUUUUUAUUUCAGCUGGAACUGCUAACAUAGGAAAAUAAAAAUUUUUAUUGGCCAAUAACAUUCUAGCUAAUCUUCCAAAAUGAAGACUCUUACACAAAUUUACCGGUCGGACCUGUAGUGCUUCCACUAAUAUGUUGCAGCACUUCAGGCCCUGUAAAACAGAAAGACACAACCAAGAAGCAUUGGGAUUCUCUACUGUAAUAUUAACUGUGGAUUUGUGAUUUAAUAGAAAGCUUCCAAAGCUCUGAAAAAGUAUGCAUUAUACGUGCACAUGGUUUACGUUUCCUCCAAGGUAUCAGAUUUCAGCACUGACAUCUAUUCCCUUUGGCACUUAGUUUCAAUUCUUAAUCUAUUCUCUGAUUAAGAGAGAGAAAGAAUUGUAGAAGGCCAAGUGUCUGUCCACCUUCACUCUGCUUUGGCGCUAGGAAAGUGAAAUGCUGAAAUAUAUUGCAGAGACUUAACGACAUACACACACAAAAAAUCUUGAAUUAUAAGAAGAGACUGUUACUUUUUUUGUUUUGUUUGGGUUUUUGUUUUGGUUUGGUUUUGCUAUUUUCUUUGUACUUUGGGCCAUUCUGACCCACUCUCGCAAAUAACCUAUUUGGGGGUAAAAAUCAGCAGCUGGAGGACAUUUAUAGCCCUGAGGCUUCAAAUAACAUUCCAUAUGAUGGGAGGAACUUUAAACAGUGUUCAAAUAAUCUACGGCUGCAGCCUUAUAUUUUACGCAUGUCCAUCCUCUAAGUCCUUUCUAGAAUAUUUUGUGAGAAUAUUUUCUCCAAAUUAUUUAUGUCAAUACUAUUUUACUACGAAUGACCUUUGUAUUUUAUUAUAUACAUUAAAGAGUUUGUAUACAACAUUA